GACCCCCUUCUCCCGUGGGGACCCCCUGCCCUGCCGGCGGGACAAGGUGACGGCUCAUCAUGGGCAGCCUCCAGCUGCAGGACUUCGCGGCGGGCUGGGUGGGCGGAGCUGCCAGCGUGGUUGUGGGCCACCCCCUGGACACAAUCAAGACCCGUUUGCAAGCUGGACAAGGGUAUGGAAAUACACUCAGCUGUGUUCUUACUGUGUACAGAAAUGAGUCUGUGGCUGGCUUCUUCAAAGGCAUGUCCUUCCCGCUGGCCAGCAUCGCUGUCUACAGCUCCGUGGUGUUCGGCGUCUUCAGCAACACGCAGCGGCUGCUCAGCCAGCUCCGCCACGGCGACCCAGCCCGUGCGCCGGCCCUUGCCGACGUGGCUCUGGCCAGCGUGGUGGCAGGGUUUGUCUCCGUGGGCAUCGGCUCCCCCGUGGACCUGGUAAAGAUAAGGCUACAGAUGCAAACGCAGCCGUACAUCAAAGCCAACAUUAAACUACAGCCCACAGUUCCUGGAUUUCCUGUGUACCGAGGCCCAAUUCACUGCUUUAGGACAGUGCUAAAGAAAGAGGGUAUAGCAGGGAUGUACCGAGGCGCAGGAGCAAUGCUCCUGAGAGAUGUUCCUGGGUACUGCCUCUAUUUCAUCCCUUACACAUUUUUCUGUGGCUGGAUUACCCCAGACGGAUGCAUUUCCCCUAAUCCCUCCUCUGUCUGGCUGGCAGGGGGUGUAGCAGGAGUCAUUUCCUGGGGGACUGCUACUCCAAUGGAUGUUGUGAAAAGUCGACUUCAGGCAGAUGGAGUUUAUUUAAACAAGUACAAAGGGACCCUUGACUGUAUCUUGCAGAGCUACCAGAACGAGGGCUUAAAACGUUGCCAGGAAGACCCGAAAGUCUCCUACUCUCCUGAGCCGAAUCAGCAGUGUGGUGUUGGUGAGGGCUCAGCUGCUCUGACCGAAGACUCCAGUCCUGCACCCACAGCAUCUGCUUUCUCUUCUGCCAUGGACUUAGUCCCUGGAGGACUCAAAAAACUGCACCAGCUCAAUCAAAUCCAAAGACCAUUUUCUUAUCAAAUCUCUGUUGUCUAAGAGCACCUUAAUAAUUCCCAUGGCAGUGUUGGGCUUUUUCACCGAUGACGUUUUUCCUAUUGAGCCGAGAGAACAACUUACUUCCCUCACCCACACGGGUGAGAUCAUACCCAAACGCAGCCCAUCCGACAUCAGCCAAGGGAGUGUCUUUUGUACAACGCUGCGUAUAAUGCUCCUCUUUUUUGUGAGCAAGGAAAGGAGGAGGUGUGGUGGGUGUGCAGGUGCUUUUCGUGUAGAAAGGUCGGGACACCCACAAAAUCCUAGCUUGCUCUCAGGAUCAAAGACAUAGAUGACUCCACCCGUACAAACAGAUACUCGUGUUUUACAUCACAGAACUCUCCUGUUCGCCACAAUUUAUCAUGGUAUCAUGAAAAAAAAAAAAAAAUGCGAAGGGCUUCAACAACUUCAGUUUGUUAUCCGAGUUAUAAGUUAAAUUGGGAAAGAAGGGAAUGUUAAAUUCAGAGACUAAACUGCUCUUUUUCUUCAAAAAACAAUAAAGCAAGUCUGCACUGCAUAUAGAUGGCUGCCUACUCACCUUGUGUAGCCCUCCAGGGACCUGCUAGCGGUGUCUCGUUAGACCUUCUGAUCUCCCUGGCUUGCCAACUGCCAAAUCCUGCAGACAUCACUUUGCAGCCUUGAGAGACCAUCACCAAAGGAUGUCUCUUUAAGGGAUGCAGAGUUUAACCCAAAAUAUUCUCUAAACUACACAAGCCAGCUUCAGACCCCCAGCUCUUUGCUGCAGUCCCACUGAGACAAGUGGGGCAGACCCAGGUCUCUCUUUGCUCUACCUCAGCCUUUCAAUUAUUCCAAGAUCUUUUACAUCGUGAUUAUUUGUUUAUGCUGUUAAGUAUCUCCACGCUUUAUUUUCUAAGCGUGGAGCUUCUGAUGCCAAAACCCAAGAAGAACCAGCUCUGCUGGGACAAGAGGACUCUGGUGGCACCCUCAGGAGAUGCUGAGAGAUAACAGCCCAUGUGACAUGGGGGACAGUCUGGGACAACACUGUCCUCGGGGAAACGUGUGGUUACCCCCAUCUUCACCUGGAGAGAAAAAAAAAAAAAAAAAAAGCCCAGCAACAGCAGUUUUAGCAGAUGGCCUUAAAAGAAGUUUCUGAAGGCAACCAGGAGCAGCUGUGCAGCCUUCCUCCAUAAAAGGAGAAGGAAAGAGAAACUCUUGUGUCUUCUUCCCUGAAUGAAUGGAGGAAUUGGCGAUAAAACUUGAAGACCUCAGUAGAAAGUGCCUAAAAACUUGGGUCUGGAGCAGCACUCAGAAACGGGGUCCCCAACCUUGGGCUCCUCUUCACUGGGGCCCAAGUUGAGAACAGAAGUGUGGCUUCCCCCAGAACUGGCCUUAGAAAGUGGGAGAAACAGCUGGUGUUACUUCAUCUCAGGACUUGCAGGUGAGGAGGCUCACAGUGCCUUUGAGCUUGGAAAGAACACAGGGAACCGUUUUUGAUAAACAGUAUGGCUAAAAUUGAUGAGCCUUCACACAAGUAUUUGUUGCUGGCUGCAUUUAAGGAUUCAUCCUUUCCAUGUUGCCUGUUUUAAUACACAUAUGUCAAACAUGUUCUUUAGAUGCAUAAUAUCAUAUGUCUCCAGGGAUAAUACUGGGGGAGACUCAUUUUUCAGUGCAAAUAAAUGAUGUUGCUUAUCUGCCUGCAUUAUGUAAAAUGCACCAUGAAUUAA